AGUCAUCCUAUCAUACUCCUAACUGGUUACCCUCUACUCCUAUACUAUUCUAUGCUUGAGAUCAAAAUUGAACAGAACGCGUAUCACCAAAUUUUUAUUUUUCAUCCCACAAAACAAAGUUUUAGACGGGCAGGCUAAGCGAAUUUAACAUCCACCACCACCGUUUAAAAGGCUUACAGUAAAGUUGUUCUUUCCCCCUAUUUGGAUAUCUAAUCAACAGAUAUGAUCUAUAAGAGGAAGGAUAGGUCAGAUUCAUUCACUAGAGAACUAUCACUUACUCCACUGAUAAGUGCCAGAAGACAAUUCAUCUUGGAUAAUGGUACCACUAUUGAUAAUAUUAAAUCAUGGUUAUGUAAAAUUCAAUGGAAGAUUCUAUUGGGAACGUUUAUGAUCUGGUUAUUAUUGGUUCAAUAUAUGGAAAGAAAUUAUGUUAAGAAUGUCAUCCAACGAUGUCAUUGGGAUCAAUGGGAACAAUGGAAUGAUAAUAGUGAUGAUAAUAAACCUCAUAGAAUUGCAUUAGUGGCUGAUCCUCAAAUCAUUGAUGAUUAUUCUUAUCAAGGCAGACCUGCUAUGUUCAACUAUUUCGUCAAGAAAAUAACCGAUAAUUACCUUCAUCGAAAUCAUAUGUAUAUGCAAGAAUACAUUGAUCCUGAUAAUGUUAUCUUUUUAGGUGAUUUAUUCGAUGGGGGGAGACAAUGGGAUAAUGAUUAUUGGUUUGAUGAAUAUCAACGUUAUAAUCGAAUCUUUCCUAAGAAAGUUAAUCGAUUAACCAUAUCUUCCAUACCAGGAAAUCAUGAUAUUGGAUUUGAUACCAUGGAUAUUAAAACAGUUAAUCGAUUUGCUUUAUUUAAUGGAGAAUUGAAUGAUGUCAUAGAAUUAGGAAAUCAUACUUUCAUAUUAUUAGAUACGAUCUCAUUAUCUUCAUUAGAUCCAAAGAUUAGUAAAGAACCACGUGAAUUUCUCGAUAAUAUCAAUACCAAGAUCAUGAAUCCAUCCUUACCUAAGAUCUUAUUAAUGCAUGUUCCAUUCUAUAGAUUUAAUGAUCGACAAUUAUGUGGACCAUUACGAGAAUCCAAACAGAAAUUUCCCAUUCAGAAGGGAGUUCAAUAUCAAACUGUUAUAAGUCAUGAAUUAACCAAAGAAGUGCUCACUAAAAUAGGUCCAUCCAUUGCAUUUGCCGGUGAUGAUCAUGAUUAUUGUGAUAUUCAACAACCUUACAUGUAUAAAAACCAACCUAAAGUUGCCCGAGAAAUCACCGUUAAAUCAGUAGCUAUGAGUAGUGGGAUUAAAUAUCCUGCUAUUCAAUUAUUAUCGUUGAAUAAUCCAACUGAUCAAUUGAAUGAAAAGAAUCAAGAGACAUAUCAAACUAAAAUGUGUUAUAUGCCUCAUCCAUAUAUAUCGAUAAGAUUAUAUGUCUUAUUGUAUUUCAUAAUUUUAGGAGGAUUAAUCAUUGAAUAUAUUGUACCCAAUAAAAAGAAUCAAAUCAUAUCAUUACUUCAUAGAGAAUCAAAUCAAUCACCUACUUUAAAUUUACCCACAUUUGAUGAAGAGAAAGUUAAAUCAUAUCGUAAACUGGAACCAUUAUCAACUGAAGUGGCGGAUAUUCCAAUGUUUACCAUCCAUCUUACUAUUGUAACCAUUAUACCAAUAUUUAUUUUAAAUUUUUAUUAUAAAAAUAUAUAGACCUAUACUUCUUCUUCUUCUUCUUCUUCUUCAUUUCAUUACCAUGCAU